AUGGCUAAAACUAAUAGGCCAUCUUAUGACGAGCCUAAUAUGAGUGACACAGCGUUGCUGGUGACCGUCGAAGAUCUUAUUAAUAGGGCUAUGGGACCACCAGACGCAAAUGUUGUUAAUUUUAAAGUAAUACAGGCUGUACUACAUAUAUUGGCCCGACAACAACGUAUACUCGAACAGCGGGUAGAAAUCAGAAUCGCCGAAGGUUCACCACCUCGACAAAAGGUUAAGAAGCAAAAAGUUGUUCAAGAAUCAUCGGAGAGUUCCUCUUCCGUCAAAAGUCCAAGGCCUAAACCUAAAAUGGGCAAGAUAAAAGAGGAACGUGAACCCAAGACAGAUAAAGCUUUGAAGGAAAAAGAAAGAGCAGAGAAAUUAGCACAAAAAGAACAAAGGGCCGCUUCGAAAGAGAGAGAUAAGCAAGAGAGGGCCAUUUCAAAGGAGAGAGACAAGCAAGAAAGAGCUGCUUCGAAGGAGAGAGAAAAACAAGAAAGGGCUAUUUCAAAAGAACAGGAAAAAGAGAAAAGAAUGGCCUCAAAAGAAAGGGAAAAGGAAGAAAGAGCGGCCUCUAAGGAAAGGGAUAAGGAAGAAAGAGCUGCUUCAAGAGAAAGAGAAAAGCAGGAAAGGGCUUCCUCAAAGGAAAGGGAGAAAUCUGAAAAAUAUGCACAAAAAGAACACGAAAAGGCUGGGAAACAAGCUCAAAAAGAGCAAGAAAAAACUAAAAAAGAUCAAGAGAAAGCCGAAAAACAGGCUCAAAGGGAACAAGAAAAAGCUCAAAGAGAACAAGAAAAGACCGAGAGACAUGCUCAAAAAGAUCAAGUAAAAGCUCAAAAGGAAAUAGAAAAGGCUGACAAACAAGCUCUAAAGGACCAAGAAAGAGUUCAAAAAGAACAAAGAAACGCUCAAAAGGAAAUAGAAAAGGCUGACAAACAAGCUCUAAAGGACCAAGAAAGAGUUCAAAAAGAACAAAGAAACGCUCAAAAGGAACUAGAAAAGGCUGAUAAACAUGCUCAAAAAGAACAAGAAAGAGCCCAAAAAGAACAAGAAAAAGCAGGAAAAGCUGCUAAAAAAGAUGAAGAAAUGGCUGAAAAAGAACGACAAAAGGCUGAGAAGCAAGCGCAAAAGGAACAAGAAAGAGCUGAAAAGUUAAGUCAAAAAGAGAGAGAAAAGGCAGAAAAAGCGGCGGCAAAGGAAAAAGAAACGCCUAAGUCUCCAAUAAAGGAAAAGAAACCAUCCGAGACGAGAAUUUCAGUUUCCGAUAUACAAACUCGAGGAAGUAUUGAAGUGGUGACACAAUCGCAGUUCGCUCUUCUGGAAGCGGCUGUGAAAGAGCUAAAAGAUAUGGCGGCUCCCAUGAAAUUAGCCAUGCCUGAUAAUGAGAGGCUUAGAAGUGAUCUGGCGAAAGGAAGUGCCUCUCUGUCCGAUACUAUGCAGGCUAUGCAGAUUGACGCGCGAGUAAAGGCAGCUGAAAGUGCGAUCUCCCGGAUGACUGGGCUACUUACCCAACUGGCGGCGGCGGGCGGAUUACCCGAGGACUUGGAGCAGCAGAUGGAAGUAAUACAAACAGAGCAGGUUGCCGCUGAAGCACAGGCUGUGGUCAACGCUAGACCAUCUAUGGCAGGACCCAAGUCAGUCGCAAUUUCCCCCUCCGCCAAGGAGUCCGAAAUGCUGUCCCGACCUAGUAUGGCAACCACGGCUCGUCCAUCUAUGUCCAUUAUGAAACAGCCUUCUUCAAGAGUCUCCACAGCCACACUGGAUGCUGUCACUCAUGAUGAACUCGAGGACUCUGUGAAUCGUUUGCGGGAAGAGUUGAUAAAAUCAAUGAAUACAAUGACCUCUCGGGCGGGCGCGACUGCUGAUAAUGCCUUGCAUACAGCCAAGGCCGUUGCGGACAAGUUAGACAUAGCGUUAUCUUUGGACGUUCGUAUCGCUACACUACAGUCUCUAGCGGUAGACUACGCGGAGCAAUUGCACGGCUUUGAUGCUGGUCUCAGUACGCAAAUGCAAAGUUUUCGAGAGCAAAUGGUACAAAUGCGAACUGACCUGCAAGGUGGUCUAACACAACUCGAGGGCGUCAAUAAUAACGCGGAAACUGCAGCUGUGACGGAGCUAACUGGACGCUACCAAGACCUCGUGACUGAGCUAGACUCUACGCUACACGCCCAUCGCUCGCUCACCAAGUUUCAGACACAGCUUGCCGAAGAGUUGCGAAGUCUCGUAGAGUGUGUCGAAAUGUUACGUGAACAGAAAGCCGAUAAAGACGAGGUGGCGGACGGUCUCAGAGAUAAGGCUGAUACAUCUCGUCUCGCCGGCCUUCUCACCGAGUCUGAGUUUGCUCUGGCAAGAGCAGAUUUGGAGAGAAGACUCGCCGUGUGCCACGACAAGUUCCAGAGGCAGGAUGGUGUUUGGAUGACAGCUAUGAAGGAUCUAAAUAAGAUUUUGGACGGUAAAUCCGAAAUCAUAUCGUUGCUGUCAGCCCGCGAUGAACUGCAGAAGGAACUUCAAAUCUUACAUGAGCGAGUCCAGAUUCUGGCUGCCGUUUUGGGGGAGCCUAAAGCAGCCAUAGUUAAGCGCCAGCUAGCGGUGGGCGCGUCAUGUGCUGCUUGCGGUGCAGCAGCUCUUAUGUCUCCGCGUGGCGCCUCUCAGGGUGCUCCGCCCCGUCUACCGGCGCUGAGGCCGCCGCCCGUUGGAGCACCUUCCGACCAACCGUGCUUCAAAGAAUGGAUGCCUCCUGAGUUACCUGAUAAUAGACACGUGUGCCACCGAUGGUGCGGUGGAUCACAUACGAUGGUGUCUGAAAACACAAAACACGAGCAGGCCACCGAAUUACCGGCGCUCGAACACGCUCCACCCACAAAGCGCUAUACUGGUUAUGGGUCAGAUGGACGAUUAUAUAUGAUGGAGGAAGACCUUCAACCUUGUAUUGAGUGCAAUGAGAUGGUUCAGAAGACGGAUGACAUUCCACCAUUAAAUAUUGGAGCUGGAGAUCAGAGUAAUUAA